CCCUUAGUCCAGACGACUGAGCGUUACCAUCUGGCUCGGGAGCAGCUUGUCUCCUACACCACAAAAGGCGUUGAUCGGGCCACAGAUUUUCCAUUAUCACGGCACGAUGUUGUUGGCAACACAAAGGAUAAAGCUGCACCAAAGCAACAACUUCUACUCUUAGCUAGUCAAAUUUCGCCCUAUUUAAGUGUAGUAAACUACCUUGUACGAGUUCAACUGCAGAUUCCAUCUUCCCGUAUCAAUGUUCAAAGCAAAGGUACCAUUCAUGGUUUGGCUGAGCCCCGAAUUACGAUAUAUGGACAAUAUGGGGACACCGGCGUCCGACCCAUACGUCUCUACGUGGAGCCAAGUGGCAUUACUGAUGAUAACAAUCAGUUUGUCGAGGGGUUGAUAGAAGCAGUUUAUCUUGGCCAGUUGACCAGUUUGAUGCUAAGUCCAGUUCAAGGAACAAGUGAAAAUAAGCAUAUCCAAACCAGCCACCAAGACCCUUCUUUCGGCGUGUUGUGCAUAGACAUCACCAUCAGGGAUCCAAUUUCCCAUAUUAUUUACACGUUUCUGGCAAACGAGUAA